AUGGAGACCUCGAACACAACUGACGACUUCCACUUCUUAAUCAAAGCACAUAUUCGAUAUUCUUUAAGAUGUCUUAGAUUAUUACCUUCACCAUAUGAAUCUGAUGAUAAUAAUCGACUUACGUUUGGUUUCUUUUCGAUUGGUUCAUUAUCUUUACUUGGAUCGAUCGAUCGAUUAAAUCAAGAAGAAAAAGAUGAUUAUCUUCAUUGGAUUUAUGAAAGAUGGGAUUCCGAUUCAGGUGGAUUUACCGGUCAUCCUAAUGUAGAUUUAAGAAUCCAUAGUAAUCCAGAGGAAUCUUUGAACCAACCUCAUAUCACCCACACUUAUGCAGCUCUUCUAUUACUUGCUUUACUCUCUACACCUCAGUCAGAUAACCCCAAGCCUACUAAUCCUUACACCGCCUUGGACGUUCCUAAACUCUUGAAAUUCGUCGUUGAUUGCCAACGACCAAACGGAAGUUUUGGUCCAUUUCCUACUUCUACAGAACAAGAUGUUAGAUUUGUUUAUUGCGCUACUGCAAUUCUUGAGAUCUUGAAUAUUGAUCCUAAAACGGUGAUCGAUGUUCAAUCAACUGGCAAGUUUCCCAAUCGGAUCAAUUUCUUUUGUAACCUCAUCACUGAUUUCCAAUCUUGUAUUUUUGAAAAUCAGCGCUACGAUGGUGGAUAUGGUCAAGCGCCUUUUUUAGAAUCUCAAGGUGGAACAACCUAUUGUGUCUUAGCAGCUCUUAAAUUGUUAAACAAACUUGAUGAUAGCCUUUCAUCUGAAGACGCUUUAGAAACGGCUAGAUGGUUAGUACAUCGACAAAAUGAAUUUCAUGAUUUACCUGAUGAAGAAAGCGAUGAAGAAUCAAAUACACGGCAAGAUGAAAUCAAUUCAUCAAAUCUUAAGACCGAACCUGUCAAGGCAUCUGAACCUUCUGGUGUAUCCUCCUUGACUCAAAUUCAGCCUCUGGUUGCAGGCUUUCAAGGAAGACCAGGUAAAAUACUCGAUGCAUGUUAUUCAUUCUGGUGUACCGCUGCUCUAAGUAUCAUUCAAGAACAUCAUUCUUUAAAAGAUAUCAACUCUAUUCCAGGACCAUUACUUCAUGAUCCUGAAGCAAACAUUAAGUUCUUAAUGCUUUGUCAGUCUAAACAAUGGGGAGGGAUUGCCCGAUUUCCAGAAGAUCAUCCUGAUGUGUAUCAUAAUUAUUUGGCUCUUGGAUCGAUUUCUUUGUCAUAUGCACUUUUGAGUGAUCUGGAAAAUCCUUUAGUAGAACAUCAUUCUGUUUUGAAUGUGCCCAUCAAGACUGUAAACUGGAUAAAGAAAUGCUUUCCUUAA